UUGGAUAGGAAAACAAAACAGCAUAACAAUGUCUUUCGACAUACAGGACAAAAUGCAGGAUUUUAUGGUGUUGUGCAGAGUUUGUGAGGGUACAAAGAAUCUUCUUGAUCUAACAAAGAUCGAGUAUAGACAUUUGAACGAUAAACUCAACAGAAUCUCCGACUUUAAGUCUUUUUUCACAUUUCAGGUUAAAUAUAACUGCCUCUUGAGACAUAUUUGCAUACCUUGCAGUUUAAAAUUGGAAGAAACAUUGAUGUUUAUAAAUCAAUGUGAAAAAACCUACCAAAAACUAGUCACCCUACUAGAUUCAAGGUUCCUUCACGAUCCUUCAGCUGCAGACCAUUUGAAGAUCACCGAUCCUGCUGAGAGCUUGGAUAUUACAAUCAAGGAAGAAGAAUAUGUGUAUCCGGACACAAUUGUUGUAAAGAAAUCCAACAGCGAGAGUGAGGAUAAUGAAGAAUUUUCAAAUGCUAAUGAACAAGAACUACCGACAAGUUGGAAAAUUCCACAAAUGGAAGAUGAAGAAGCAGUAUCUGGACCACUACCCACAGAAUUGGAUGCUGAAAGUGAGAUGCUUGAUAAGUUUGACACAUUCUUUGCGAUGGAAGAUACAAAUAUAAAUGGCAAAAUAAUCAAGAAGGGAGACAAACUCUUUGUAUGUCGACUAUGUCCAAAAAUUUAUGCUGUGAAAGCAUAUCUAGUUCGACAUAUUCACAAAAAGCACGAAAAUGAAGAUUUCAAAUGCCUACAUUGCUCAACAAUUUGCAAGACAUCAUUUGAGCUCAAUUUUCACCUGGAAGUGAGCCAUAAAAUAGAUGAUCCAUCCAAUGAACACUACUCCAAAAAUACCGCAAGACACGAUGCUCAAAUGGAAGAAAAGCAAAAGAUCCAUUCGAAUCAAUAUAAAUUCAUCUCCGGCCCCAAUCCCACAAAAGCAAAAGAAAAUGCAGAGAAGAAGAAGAGAACUCUCGAGAAAGUGAAGAAGGAAGGAAAACAAGUAUUCACCUGUGGGAUAUGCAAAAAAGAGCUCAAAUGGAAGAAUGCUCUGAAAGUUCACAUUGAAAGCACCCACUUGAAACUCAAACGAUUUGAAUGUGGAAUUUGCAAUAAGAAAUUCUAUCAUAAAUCUUCCUUUCAAUUACACGAGAGAAUACAUGAGGACUCAAAUAUCGACCGAAGAUCAGAAAAAUAUGAACAUUUUGAAAUAAUUAGCUUCAAUUGAAGCAAAAUGCGUUGAAGAGGUGAAAUAUAGUGAUCCUGAGAAUAUUGAAAUAGCUUUAAAAAAAAUCUUUGGAUCGCCUCAUUCGAGCAUCUCAAAAAAUAAUUUAAAAAAUGAAGUUAUUUCUAAAUUUACUUGUAAAACGACAUAAGAACUGAAAUACAAAUCUUAAAUUAUU